CUGAAACUCAGCCUUGCAUGUUCCCUCCCGGUCCAGAAUCUUUCACACACCCGUGACGUUUUCUGUCCAUGGGUUGCACAUGCUCGUUGCGGGAGGGAGGCAUUCCUCGGCAUUCUCUGUGAGGAAUCAGAGAGGGAGAGAGAAGGAACGGGAGCCACAGGACAGGCACAAGCCAACGGUGGGCUGGUUCUGCGCUGGAAGAUUUCACGGGCGUUUUUCUGGAGCCACUCUGUCACCAGCUCACCCCCAGAGCUGGUCCCGCUGACACCUGAGUGCCACCCACCGUCUGGGGGGGUGGGGGAGCUGGCAAAAGCCUGAGAUGCUGCCCGGCCUGCCAAUCUCCUCCAAGAUUUUGUGUGUGUUUCUUCGACUGGGGUGAUUGACAGAAGAAUCAAAGAGGAUUUGAAGGGUCCAGAAGAGAAAGUGGUGCAGGGUUACAGAGAGCUAGCAUGGGGUCGUUGGGCUGAAUGAUCCCUUUCCCUCUCUCUUUCACUCUCUGUGUUGCCACAACCUAACUGCGGGGAGAAACUUGAAGCAAGAGGAUCGUGAGAAGGAGCAAGGGAAGCAAGCGGGCACCAUGUCUCUGAAGUACUGUGAUGCGCCGGGGCCUGAAGCAACCAGGAACAGCUUCUGGAUGCCAGACAAUUAUAGAAGCACAACGAAGCGGGUUGACGACGGCUAUAAAGUCUGCAAUGACAUCAUCCUGUGUUUCCAAGAACGGGCAAAGAUCGAGAAGCAAUAUGCCCAGCAGAUCGCGGCGUGGUCACGCAAGUGGAAGCCACUGGUCGAAGCGAGUCCUAUGUACGGUACUCUGUUGAAGGCGUGGCACGCCUUCCUUACCUCUGCAGACCGCCUGAGUGAACUGCAUGUGGGGAUCCACAAAUCCCUGCUGACCGAGGACACGAGCAGGAUUCGGAAGUGGCAGAAGGAGACGUACCACAAGAAGUUCUUCGGGGGCUUCAAGGAGACUCACGAGGUGGAACACGGCUUCCGAAAGGCACAGAAGCCCUGGACAAAGAAACUGAAAAAGGCAGGAAAGCUGAAGAAAGUCUACCAUGCCAAGCGGAAAAAGGAACGCGUUGCCGUUCUCCGGGAAACCAACUGCAAAGCAAACCCGGCCUCUUCCUCAUGGAAGCAGCAGAAACUCCAGCGGCUGAGAGAAAAACGCAGCCAGGAGGCAGAAAAGGUUAAGCAACGUUACGCCAAGACCAUAGAAGAUUUGAACAAGUACAACCCAAAGUACAUGGAAGAGAUGGAGAUGGUGUUUGACCAGAGCCAACAGAUGGAGCAGAAGCGCACAAUCUUCCUCAAACAGAUCUUCCUCUCCAUUCAUCGGCACCUUGACGUCACCAACAACGAAAGCUUCAGGAAUAUUUUUAAGGAUCUACACCAGACCGUGCUAUCAAUAAAUGACCAGAAUGACUUAAAAUGGUGGCGAAACACGUACGGCCCAGGGAUGCCGACAAACUGGCCGUACUUUGAGGAAUGGAGCCCAGAGAUGGAGAACAUAACCGACAAGAAGGGGAAAGGACAGAAGGAAGGAGAUAAGGUCGUACUUCAGAGUUUAAGUUUAAAUAAAGGUUAUUCCCUUGGCGAGGAUGGCACAAACAUCCCUGGCGUCAGAAUCCGAGCACUGUAUGAUUACUCCAGCCAGGAAGCCGAUGAGCUCAGUUUUAAGGCGGGUCAGGAGCUGACUAAAGUAGAGGACGAGGAUGAACAAGGAUGGUGUAAAGGUUACCUCGAUGGAGGCCGCAUCGGACUGUACCCUGCAAACUAUGUAGAAGUUAUACAGUAGAAAGCAUUCACCCAAAGAGGACAUCUAAACCAAAGGUCUCUGCACCACCAGGAACCAUCCCAAAGCGUGUCUCGACAUCACCGCUUUCAAGAAUUUUAGGUUAUUUUUGUUGUUUUUAAUAAUUUAGCCUGUGGAUACUAAUGACACUAUUACCUGGGUGGACUUAGCAAGUCAAAUUAUACAAGGGAGUCAGAUUAAUAUUGUAAGUUACUGAUGCAGCCAAAAUAGAUUAGAGACUGUGGGGUAUUGAAUCGAUUUUUAUUGGCAGCUGGUUCAUUGAUAAAUUUACAGGACAUCCAUCUGUUUAAGAUUUUCUAAGCUUGGCAAUGUGAGAAAGUUAGAGCCACAUUAAAACAUUUAAUGGUUACACAAAUGAAGCCACACUGGUGUUAAGUUCCAGUGUGUUGUCAGGGAGACGACAAUACUAACCAGCCAGCUUCCUGUCAAAAUCACUUUGUCAAACAGUGAUUGGUAUCAAAGUUCUUUUCAGGUACAAGAUCCCUCAUGCUGGAAAAUCUUCAACUUUUGAUGAGGCCAGUUACCUUCAAAGUAUUUUAGAUGCUACUUUAUGUACAGAGUUUUUAAACAAAGCCCACACCUUGUGCAUCAUAAACACUUAAGUGAAUGCACGAGAAUCUCAUACCAAACUGGAAAAGUCAAAUGCAUAAGUAAAUAGUACAAGUUAACGCUCUAACAUUCCCUGGCUAACACUAAGAUCUUGUUAGACUCCUUCAUAUACCCAAUACAAAACAUUAACAAUAGUUUACUCACCCCAAAACUGUAAAUCCCACCUGCAGUACUUACAAACUGGUUCCAUUUUCACAGAAAUCCUUCAGUUGAUUUUGUUUACAAGUUUCAAAAUACACAAAAAUCACUAAAUAUAGUAACCAUACCUCUGGCACCAUUGUAAUGAAAGGCAUCAAAAGCACAUAAGAAUUACUAAAAGUGGAGAGAGAAGAGACUAGUUCUGCUGUUGUGUAGGAAUUAACAUACUAUAAAGAGUGUACAUCAAACUUCUGAAGUUAACAGAAGUUUGUUCAGGUGCCUUUAAGUGGGCAUUUAUAACUCAGGAUGGCCAAUACGUGCCAGAGGGCUUUGCAGCCAAGCAUUCAGGACUUAAUUCGGAAACACAUGUUCAAAUACAGCACCAUAGCAGCUGGGGAAUUAAAUAAACCUUGAAUUUAAAAAAGCAAAUCUCAGUAAACUUCAAACACCAGACAUCUGUAAAAAGAAAUUUCACCCACACUUGUAGGGAAGGAAAUCUACUGCCCUCGCUUGGUCUGGCCUGUUUGUAACUCCAGUCUCAGGGCAGUUCAGCCGGCUGAUGCCCCACAUCCCAGAUACUUUUCACAUUGUCCCCUGCAACACACCCACUAAUAUUGGCCCUAACCACUCUAAUAAUACUCAAUCUAUUAAUAUAACCUUUACUGCAACUCUGAGAAAUUCUAGACCCCUUAAAGUGACAAGCACAAAAAAUACCCUUCAACCAUCACAAUAUGCCCAGGUAAUUCUCUCCCUCAAAGCAUGAAGAACCUCCUACCCAUAUGAAGGUCUGUACUUUUAUUAUUGACCAUCGACUAACAGCAGAAUAGAAAAAUGUUAGAAUUGCACCUUUAGUCAAGACUUGAUGAGAAACCUAGUUGCUACCAAUGACAAAUAUUAGCCCUCCUCACCUCUGGUGCAGUUCCAGUACUGUCUUCUUUCAGGUGCUCAGCAGGUCGGGGGGCAUCUAUGGAGAGGAAUGAACUGUAGAUGUUUUGGACUGAAACCCUUCAUCAGGUUCAGGGACAGCCUGAAACAUCAGCUCUUUAUGCCUCUCCAUAGCUGCUGCCUGACUUGCUGAGCUCCUCCAGCAUUUUGUGUGUUGCUCUGGAUUUCCAGAAUCUGUGUCUAUGCUCAGCAUUCAAAGCUAUUUUUUUCUACAUGAAACUGUAAUCUCUGUAAAUAAACUUAUUUUAACUCAAGGGGUAGAGACUAUUUGCAGAGUUACUGCAAACUGAGACCUUGACAUCCAACGUCAUACAAGAGUUCUAUCUCCUAAAUGAGAAGUUUUUUUUUGUUAAAAUCACAUUGUUCUAUUUGUAUUUUUAUUGCAAGACCACUCUGAAACAGUCAGUAAAGGAGAGUUCCAUUUCAUUACCACAAACUAGACGAUGCUAGUGUAGCAGCAAGAGGAGCUAUUGGCAGAGGGGAAUAGUCAUCCACCAAGUGCCUUAUCAUUUAUCAAUAAUCCCUGUGGUCCAAUGGAUGUGGGAAUCUGGCUGUGAUUUCUUUUCCAUCAUCACAUCCAACUGUUAAUGACCAGCCUGAGGUUCUGAUGGAGAGCAUUCAGUGAAUAUCACAGGUGUACUGUGCCGUAGAACAGUGUCCUGAUUUUCCUCAGCACUUAGGAAUUAUAACAGAACUAUUAUCGUCUGUGGAAGCAAACUCCAACAUGUCCCCUAUCCUAGAAAGAGAGGAACAAGUAGAAAUUGAAACUUGGAUAAUAUAUUCCUUACGAAACAGUGCAGUAUUUCAUAUCCUAAGAGCAGGGGGUUCCCAACCCCUUUUUUUUAAACCAUGGACCCCUACCAUUAACCAAGGAGUCCCUGGAGUCCAGGUUGGGAGUCCCCAUCCUAGAGAGAUAUAUUCGUGAAUUUUGAAUAAAUUCAUUACAGCCACAUUUCUAGCCUCCCCCCAAAAGGCAAAUUGACCAGGAUUUCCAGGUAGAUGCAUUAAUUAUCCUGGCCAGAGGGGGUAAACUUGAAAGCCAUUGUUAUACCAUCAAACUGACCGUUACAGACAGUUUAUUCUCCUUUAUUAGUUCAGCUAAGGAAGAACAUUUUGGUUUAUAGCUCCCUCCUUAUGAACUGUGACGUUAUGACAAAAACAUCAAAGGAAUGUUUUGUUGAUUUAUACAAAAUAUAUAUUAACUGACAGGAAGCUACAUUCACCAAUCUUUGUACACUGCAAACGCUUUUGAUUUCAAUAUGUAGCAAUAAAUUAACUUGACUGAGACGUUGAA